AUGCUGCUCCUCCUCCGCCUCCUCCUACCACCAGCAAUAGCGGAGAAUGGACCGAAGAAAUCCUGUAUCUCGACGAAUCCAAACAACCCGAUCACCCACCGCCGUCGGCCGCCCGUCCCGCCUCCACCUCCGGCGGCGCCGACUCCCACGUCCUCCUGCGGCGACCGACCCGUCCAUCUCCCCCUCGGCCGCCGCCUCCAAGCUCGUCGAGACCCCCCUCGCUGCGGGCCCGGACCUCCACUCCACCUGCGACCUCCUCCCCUUCGUCCCCCCCCUCCUCCCUCACCCUCUCCCUCCAACGCCUUCCCCCAGCGACCCCACGCCGCCCUCUCCCUCUUCCGCUGGGCCCGCCGCCAGCCCUCGUUUCCUCCCUCCGACCAGGCCCUAGCCCUGAUCCUCACCCACCUACGCGUCGACGACGUUGCCUCCAUUUUCGACUCCGAUAUUGUCGCCUCCGGCCCUGGUGACUUCCCCUUGUCGGCGAACCUUGUCGUACAGACCCUAACCAGCGCGUCCGAGAUCGAACUCGCCUUCUGCUGCUUCAAGAAGCUCAAAGAUGCCAACUUUAGGAAGCUCACCACGAAAUCCUACAAUUCGCUUAUCACCAUGUUCCUGUCCAAGGGGCUGCCAUAUAAGGCGUUUGAGAUCUACGAAUCGUUGGAGGAGAGCGGUUGCUCGUUGGAUUCCGCGACUUAUGAGUUGAUGAUUCCUGCGUUGGCGAAGACCGGCAGGCUUGAUGCUGCACUCAAGAUGUUUGAUGAAAUGAAACGGAGAGGAGAGGAGAGUCGAAUGAGGCCGGGGCUGGGGAUUUACGGUGCGCUGGUCGAUUCUAUGGGGAAAGCUGGGAGGUUGGACGCUGCGGUUGGGAUUUAUCGAGAGAUGCAGGCGGUUGGGUAUAAACCCUCGGUUACGAUGUACGUUUCCAUGAUUGAGUCGUUGAUCAAGGCGGGGAAGCUUGAUGCUGGCCGGAGUUUGUGGGAUGAGAUGAAGGGCUUAGGGUUUAGGCCAAACUUUGGGCUUUAUACUAUGAUGGUUGAGGCUCAUGCUAAGUCUGGGAGGCUUGAAGUUGCUUCGUCGCUAUUUAAUGAGAUGGAGAAGGCUGGGUUCCUACCGACCCCGUCAACGUAUGCUUGUCUCAUCGAGAUGCAUUCUGCUAAGGGACAGGUUGAUGCUGCGAUGAAGCUGUAUAAUUCGAUGAGUAAUACGGGAUUCAGGCUCGGGAUGAGCGUUUAUACGUCGUUAUUGUCUCUUCUUGCUAACAAGAAGCUCUUGGAUUUGGCUGCGAAGGUUUUGCUUGAGAUGAAGGCUAGUGGGUUUCCGGUGGAUGUGAAUGCUAGUGAUGUGCUGAUGAUUUACAUUAAGGAUGGGUCAACGGAGCUUGCGUUGAGGUGGCUGAGGUUCAUGGGCUCGGCUGGAAUUAGGACUAACAAUUUUAUUGUCAGACAGUUGUUUGAGUCUUGUAUGAAACAGUUCUUUAUGUUCUGCUCGACCACUUUUGAGACAUGUGCAUUCACCAGCAAAGUUUGAUUAAUACUUUACACUUGAUCUGCGCAUUUGGUUCGAUGCCAGGAUGAGAAGAACGAGAGGGCGAUAAUGGAUAUAAUGAGCGUGACGAAGCAUAAGGCACAUGAGUUCAUGUGUGGGCUAUUCACGGGCCCAGAGCAGAGGAAGAAGCCGGUGCUCUCCUUUGUGAGAGAAUUCUUUCAAGGGAUUGAUUACGAUGUUGAAGAGAGCGCUGCGAGAUAUUUUGUGAACGUGCUCCUAAAUUACUUAGUGUUGAUGGGUCAGAUGAAUAGAGCAAGAUGUGUCUGGAAAGUUGCAUAUGAGAACAAACUAUUUCCCAAGGCAAUUGUUUUCGAUCAACACAUUGCUUGGUCUUUGGAUGUUCGUAAUUUAUCAGUAGGGGCAGCCUUGGUGGCAGUUGUGCACACUUUGCAUCGGUUCAGAAAGAGGAUGCUAUAUUAUGGUGUGGUGCCUCGAAGAAUUAAAUUGGUAACGGGGUCCACUCUCAAAAUGGUCGUGGCACAAGUUUUGGCUUCUGUGGAAUCACCAUUUGAGGUGAGUAAAGUUGUGCUUAGGGCACCGGGAGAUUCAGUUCUUGAAUGGUUUAAGAAGCCCAUAGUUCAGCAGUUCUUGUUGAAUGAGAUACCAUCAAAGAGUGAUGUUUUGAUGCACAAGCUUAAUGUGAUGUUUCCUAGCUCAGCGCCAGAGGUUCGAUCUCUUUCUCCUCCUAAGCCGCCUUCUUUGUCCAAAGUGAUGUACUAAUGUCUAUCAUGUUCAGUGCCUCAAGUUUUUCUUCAAUUUUAUAGAUUGAAAUGUGAUAUAAUGGGAUCAUCCUUUCCCGUGAGGUAUAUUGGGAUUGCAUUUAUGCGUAUCAACUAGAAAAUGCAUCUACUUUGCAUAUGAGAUUGAUGGGAGAUUUCGGGUUUUAAAUUGUUACUUUAUGCACUUUA